UUUGCUUUUGUUUGCUGUAAUCAGCGCCGGCGCUGCCGCGGCGCAGCAGCCGCCGCCGUUCGCUCGCGUCGUCACGUGACACGACGUCUCCAAAGCGGUCCGGUUUCGAGGCUAAAAUAGGAAGAGCCGCCAUGAUGGUCUACGACCCUGGACAUUAACCCAAUUUUUUGUUUAUAACAUAUUUUAUAUGGGUUAUUCCAAAAAAUUAUACGUGUUUUUGAAAUAUUCGAGUGAAAUUAGUCUAGAUUUAGUUAAUUUUAUGGAAGGAAACCUCUCAAAUAGCCGUACCCCCUAAUCAGCACAAGUUCUCUCUACUGUAUUAUAGUCAAACGACAGUUUGUAAUCGUUGUUUGCAGGCGUGUUUCAUGGUCUUCUUGUGUAUGAGUGUAUAGUGUAUAGAAUGGAUCAGAAAGAGAUAGAUAGAAUACAUGCUAUGCUAAACGAAACUUUGUCAGAAGACGAAGAUGACUACUUAGGUGAUGAGGAGAGUGAUGCUGGAAGUACUGUUGAUGCAGAGGAAGAAAAUGGGGAUAAUGUACAGUUUGAUACUGAUACAUCACAAAGUGAUGAUGAUGAAGAUGACAUUCUCUCACACGAUGGAAAUUUCUACACAGGAAAAGAUGGUACGAAAUGGAAGAAGAUAAAACAAUUUAAGUCUGUGCGCACUCGAAGUCACAGCAUUGUCACUCAUCUUCCAGGUUGUAGAAGUGAAGCAAGAAAUGCUAACACACCUCUGGAUGCCUGGCAGUGCUUUUUUCCUGAUGCUAUUUUACAAAAGAUAGUGGACUAUACUAACAUCAAUGUAGAAAUUAUUAAAUCGAAGUAUACUCGUGAAAGAGAUGCAAAACCUACAGAUUUGGUGGAGAUAAAAGCUCUUCUGGGACUUUUAUAUCUUUCCGGUGUAUUGAAAUCAUCACACAUACAUACUGACGAAUUGUGGAACAAUGAUGGCACAGGAGUUUCCAUUUUUCGUACAACAAUGAAUCAACAGCGAUUCAGAUUUUUGUUGAGGAUGUUGUGCUUUGAUGACAAGAGAGAUCGUCAAGUAAGGAUUGCACUUGAUAAAUUUGCUCCUGUGAGAGAAAUAUUUGAACUUUUGGUAGAAAACUGUAAAAAAAAUUUCUGUAUAAGUGAGUACACAACAAUUGACGAAAUGUUGUGGAGUUUUCAUGGCAGAUGCCCAUUUCGUCAGUUUAUGAAAAGCAAGCCUGCUAAAUACGGAAUAAAGGUGUUUUCGCUAGUAGAUGCUAGAACCUACUACAUACUAAAUAUGGAAGUUUAUUUAGGAAAACAACCUGAUGGUCCAUUUAGUAUUGAUCAAACUCCUUCUGCCAUUGUGAAACGUCUGAUACAACCAAUCUCAGGUAGUGGACGUAAUGUAACGUAUGACAAUUGGUUCACAAGUGUUCCGUUAUCUCGAGAACUCCUGUGUCAGCACAACCUCACAACAGUUGGAACAAUAAGAAAAAACAAACGUGAGUUGCCUGUAUGUUUUCUUAUCACCAGUGGUAGAGAAGAGUAUUCUUCACUUUUUGGAUUCGGAAAAGACUAUGCAACUCUGGUUUCAUAUGUGCCUAAAAAAAGAAAAGUUGUCUUAUUGUUGUCAACACUGCAUCAAAGCGAUGCAAUUGACCCAGAAACAGGCAAUAAGAAAAAACCCGAAGCUAUAACAUUUUAUAAUGCAACAAAGGGUGGAGUAGACACAGUUGAUCAAAUGUCAGGCAACUACUCUGUUGCAAGAAAAAGUCAGAGAUGGCCACUGACAGUAUUCUAUAACAUGUUGAACAUAGCAGCAAUAAAUGCGCUUAUUAUAGUUGCAUGUAACAAAAAUCUCGAAUGCCGCCCUAUUAUACGGAGAAAGUUCUUGAAGGAGAUAGCUUUAGGUCUGGUAAAGCCCUACAUAAAACGCCGUCUCAAAACGCCACAUCUGUGCAGAAAGCUAAAAAGUGACAUACUAGAACUUAUAAAAGAACCAGAUGACAAUCCUGAAAAUACAGAAAAAAAUGUAGAAUCUCCAAAUAAAAGAAAAAGGUGUGGAAAAUGCCCAAGGAAUGGAAAUAAGACUUCCAACUACUGUGCGAUUUGUGAAACUCCAAUUUGUGGAAAGCAUGGAAAACUCACAUGUUAUGACUGCCUAAAACAGGCAUAAAUAUAAUUUUUUAAAAUUAUGAAGUGACACCUUUUCUACAAUAAAAAUAAUUUUUUAUCAUCAC